UCUCAGUGAAAGUUUUUUUUUGGUGUUCGUCAUCCACCGGCAGAAACGGACAGAGUCGUUUGGCGCUUAAUUUUUGGGGUUCGACCUAAUGCCGCCUCGCCGGGGUUUGCCCCUCCGUGAUCCCGGAGGAAGAAUUGCACUGUUAAUUGCACUUGAAAAUCAACAAAGACUCUAUGGAGAAGAAGUAUAUAGGUAUGCCCACCAUGGAGAAGAAGAAGAAGAAGAAGAAGACGAAGAAGACGACGGAGACGAAGAAGACGAUGGAGACGAAGAGGAGGAAGAAGAUACCGAACGGCAAACCAGGGAAUACAUCGAUGUUGAAGACUCACCUAGGGUUUCACAGAACGAGAAUGAUGAGAUAGAGAAUCAGAAAAGGUCACGAGGUGUUUGUUCGUCUUCAGGAUCGCAGGAAGAUGUGGAAUGGAAACACGGCGACACUGAGGGAUUGUCUUGUUUGAUCUGUAUGGAAGUUUGGACCAACGGUGGCGAACACCAAGUCUGUUGUCUUCCCUGUGGACACUUGUAUGGAUUUUCCUGCAUCAAGAAGUGGCUACAACAGCGACAACGUGCAGGAAAGUGUCCCCAAUGCAACAGAAAAUGUAGCCUGAGAGAUGUCCGGAAAAUUUAUGCAUCACGUGUUGCGGCAGUAGAUGAUGAAGCACACAAGAGAAUCUUAUUUCUGGAGGCCAAGUUAAGUUCAAUUGAACAGAAGACUGCGAGUUGGAGUAACAAAGAAGCUCAAUGGAAGAAAAUGGAAGCAGAGCUACAAUUAGAAGUUAAUAAGCUGAAGAAGAAGAUAGCUGAUAUGGAAAUUAUUACUAUGGAUGCGCAGAGAAACGCUAAUAUGGCUUCUCAGAAGCAAUAUAUACCUGGUUAUGCGAACUCCCAAGAACAUCACGGACAUGCACCUUCUUGCAGCUUCAGAUAUCAGGGAGAAAUGCUAGUUAGUGGUGGCCGUUUAUUUGACAUAGAUGGUGGUAGAAAAAUUGUGUUAUUGGCUCGUAGGCUCUCAGGUGUUGGUGGAACGUUUGUGCUUACGCAAAUGAGCCUACAUUCGGGUGAGAUUGAUGAUAUUUUGUUGCCUCCUACCACUAGAGCAAUUAAAGAUCUUCACCUUUCCCCUCACAAUAAUGGGCUUGCAGUAUUUGGUUCUCUAGGAAAAAAAUUAUCUGUUAUAAAUUUGGAGAGCCACAACACUGUCUUAUCGUAUGGUCUACCGGCUGCACCUUGGUCUUGCUCCUGGGAUCUCAACAGCUCUCACUAUAUGUAUGCUGGACUACAGAAUGGAAUGGUUUUAGUAUUUGAUAGGCGUCAAACAACGGGACCUUUCGCAUCAUUGACUGGCUUAACAACCAAUCCAGUCCAUACUAUCCAUCAUCUCUCUACCGAUUCUACUCCAACUUCUGAUGUUCGUUCCCUCUUGUCAGCUUCUUCCAUCGGGCUGUGUCAGUGGAACAUUAAUGGUAGCGAGGGAAGCCCAUCAUUAAUUUCAGAAACAGGAACCCCAGGAGUUUGCAUAUCAUCCGCGUAUUGUCCUCGCAGUGAUCAUAUAGUGGCUUCUUAUAGACCGAGAGUUGGAUCUUCUGAUGAUACUGUGAGUCAACCUUCGUUGACCCAAAUAGGAGUCAAUAAUAGCAAUAGUAAUGGUGUCAAUGGAUUUCAUGUUAGUCUCAAGAGAAGAGGCGCUGAUUCUUAUUACCAGAAACUGUCAUCCACACAAGCAUUUGUAGACACCAUCCGUUUGCCAAGAACAACGAUUAUAGACUUUGGGGAGGAAAAGAAUCAACUUUUUGCAUCUUGUGACGAGUCCACUCGGGAGUUCAUCUUGCAAGAUCCGUUGAAUUUUGCAGUCUCUCAGCGGUUCCCAUUGUCAAGUCAUCUUCCGCUACAAGACGUGAAAUACACUCACUUCAAUGGCACGGGUCUGCUUGGUCUCUUAAACAAUGAUAAAUUGCAGCUUCUUAGGAACGAAUCGCCAUGAAAAUGAAAAAAGAUAUGAUAGUGAUGCAGGGAUAAUAGAUGGUGUAUGUUGAAAAGCAAACAUGUAUUGUAAAGCGGCUAAGUUAUCUAUCUUUUGUAAACUGGAGAUGCUAAUAGAGUAGCCAUUACUUAAUAUAUAUAUAUAGUCUUAGUUAUGAAUCUAA